AAAGUUAAAUCCUUUAAACCGCUUUCACCGCUUUUCUCAUUGCCUGUUUUGUCCUCCCUCGCGACGCGAGAGAGAGAGAGAGAGAACGGAGAUGGAGGGAAAAGGGAAGGAGGGCUCGUCAGCGGCGGCGGCGGCAUCGUGCCUGAGCAAAUACGUUGACCAUGGAAGCGUGGAGAGCCACAGAUACUACCUAGCGCGAAGAACCGCCAUGGAAAUGCUGCGGGACAGAGGGUACGAGGUCUCCGCCGACGACAUCAACAUCUCCCUCCACGAGUUCCGGGCUAUUUACGGCGACCAUCCUGACGUCGAUCGCCUCCGUGUCUCCGCCGUCCACCGCUCCGACUCUUCAAAGCGGAUAACGGUCGUCUUUUCUGGAACUGGUAUGGUGAAGGUCAAUGCAAUCCGCAGCAUUGCAGCAGAUAUACUUAGCCGGGAGAGUGUAACCGGGAUGAUAUUGAUUCUCCAAAGCCAUAUAACCAAUCAGGCUUUGAAAGCCGUCGAUCUGUUUUCGUUCAAGGUUGAGUUAUUCCAGAUAACGGAUUUGCUGGUUAACGUAACCGGGCAUGUGUUGAAGCCAAAUCAUCGGGUUUUGACUGACAAGGAGAAGGAAGCUCUUCUCAAGAGGUUCUGUAUUGAUGAAAAACAGCUUCCUCGGAUAUCGAAGAAAGACGCGAUCGUGAGGUACUAUGGACUCGAGAAAGGGCAAGUGGUUAAGGUAACGUACAGUGGUGAGCUCGCGCAAUCUCAUGUCACUUAUCGUUGCGUCUGGUAACCUUUUUCCGAUGCGGUUUUUGGGCUCGUUUUGUUUCUGUUUUCCUGUUGUGUCCUGUGAUGUAAUAACCUGUGGGUGAAUCCAGGUGUAUGUAAUAAAUGGAGGAUCACCUUAAGUUAUGGAAAUCGUUGCGGAUGAUCUUCAUACUUUCGGACAAGAAAUUAUCCCCAUGGUUAUGUUCA